CUGGACGCCGCCGCCGUUGCCCGACGCAUCGCCGACAAUAUCGCCACGGUGAUUGUCGGGAAGAGCGAAGUGAUCGAGAUGGCGCUGGCCUCCCUGGUCGCGGAAGGACACAUCCUGGUCGAGGAUGUUCCCGGCGUCGGCAAGACGAUGCUGGCCCGUUCCAUCGCGGUCUCCAUCGGCGGCACCUUUUCGCGGAUCCAGUUCACGCCGGACCUGCUGCCCAGCGACGUGACCGGCGUAUCGGUGUACAACCAGUCCUCGGGGGAGUUCUCCUUCCGUUCGGGGCCCAUCGCGGCCCACCUGGUGCUGGCCGACGAGAUCAACCGGGCCACGCCCAAGACCCAGUCGGCGCUGCUGGAAGCCAUGGAGGAGCGGCAGGUCACGGUGGAUGGGGUGACGCAUCCCCUGCCGCCGCCGUUUCUGGUCAUCGCCACGCAGAACUCCAUCGAGUACGAGGGGACGUUCCCGUUGCCAGAGGCACAGUUGGACCGGUUCCUGAUGCGCAUCAACGUGGGGUACCCGCGGUUCGAGGAAGAGAUCACGAUCAUCGCCCAGCAGGAGCACUCGCAUCCGAUCCUGGACCUGGAGUCCGUGGCCACGCCGGAGCAGGUUCUGGCGCUGCAGCAGGCGGCGCAGGAAGUGUACGUUGACAGCCUGGUGCGCGAGUACCUGGUGGCGCUGGCGGAAGCGACUCGGGGACACGCCGACGCGGCGUUGGGAGCAUCGCCCCGGGCGUCGCUGGGCCUGUUCCGCACCGGUAGAGCGCUGGCGCUGGUCCGCGGACGGGACUAUGUACUGCCCGACGACAUCAAGGAACUGGCGGUGGCCGUGCUGUCCCACCGCAUCGUGCUCACCCCGGCGGCGAGGAUGCGCGGGGUGCGACCGGAACAGCUGGUGAGCGAGCUGCUGAACAGCGUGCCCGUGCCGGGGGCGAGGUAG